AUGACUAAAGUUAGGAGUUCAAUGUCUAAUAUUAUUUUGACGUGUGAAUUCCAACUGGAUACGACGAGUAGUAGAUCUGCCAAGUUAGAACACCAAGGUUAUCAAGUACGAGGUCAAACUUCCACAAUAAUUACGGAAGUCAUUGUCAGCCAUACCUCUAGAGCUGAAAGUAGUAUUCCGGGAAGGUUGUGUCAAGUGUGGUUUGAAUUGGUUAGGAUGGCUGACCAAAGGCAAACUCGUGGUCGAGCUGCGAUCAUACGAGAUGCACCUGAAGAGGCUCAUGAUGAGUCGUCUGUGCAUAUAGGGCAACAUGAACCGGCCAACGUAGCAGGUAGAGGCCGUGGGCGUGGUAGACCUAGAGCUAUGCAAGCUAACCAAGUGGAGAAUCAGGCUAUGCAUAGGGAGCAAUUAUUGCAACAACAACAGCGUGUUGGUGCAAAUGUCGAUAGAGACAGAGAUGCAUUAGAUUUUCUUGAGGAAGUUGAGCGUAAUGCUAGACGUUUGCAGGCUGACGAGAGACAGUCAAUCUUGUUAGUUGAAAUGUCAAUGAAAGGACCAACAAAAGAUUGGUUUCGACGUAUAAUUCAACCUACGAUGAAUCAAAUAACCUGGGCAGAGUUUGUUAAUCGGUACAGAGAAUUUUAUCUGCCAUUUUCUGUGACCGAGAGUUAUCGAGAUCAAUUGCUGAAUUUGAGAAGAGGAAAUAGGUCAGUGCAAGAAUAUGUGACGGAGUUCACUAGGUUGGGAAGAUUUGCACCUGAUUUGAUGGCUGAUCCAGCAAGGGCGAAUGCGAGUUUUAUCAAGGGUUUAGGACCCGAGUUUAUUAGCCUUGUUUCUUAUGUGAACCGAGAUUUGAUCCAACUGAUAGACAGUGCACGUCAGAUGGAGACUUCGUUGGUACAGUUUGGCAGAAUUGUAAAUUCUACUACACCAGUGUCGACAAGGAGUGAUCAAGUUGGUGCGACAGCCAAUACACAAAUGUGGUUUAAUCCAAGUGGUUUUACUGGACCGCGACGUAAAAAAUUUAAAGGGAAGAGUAAUAAGCGUUUCAAUACCCCUGGAGCUAGUUCAAGUGGACGUAGCUCAGGAAGUUCUGGAGUUUUAACUCCAUAUUGCCAGAAUUGUCGGAGGAAACACUAUGGAGUGUGUCAUCUUGCUCCAGGAGCGUGCUUUGUUUGUGGCCAACCAGGCCAUUAUGCAAGACAGUGUCCGAUGUCAGGGGCACAAGGGUCUGCUGCCAGUGUUGCUCAACCUUUUCAGCAGCAGCGGAGACCUAUGUUUCCGGCGGCAUCUGGGCAAGGUCAAACUGGUAGUACGUUUACUAGUCAGAGAGGAAGAGGUUUUGGUAAUAAUCGAGGGGGAGGAAGAAAUGGUGGAGGAAGAGGUACUGGUCAGAACUCUCAAGCGGAGGGGAGUCAAGCCAGGGUGUUUGCACUAAACCCACAAGAGGCUCAAGCCUCUAAUGCAGUUGUGCAAGGUAUUUUUACUAUAGCCUCUAUGGAUGCUUUAGUAUUAUUUGAUCCGGGUGCAACACAUUCAUUUGUUUCACCGAGUUUUGCGAUUAAGAUGGGAAAGCAACCCGCUUACUUGCAAAAUCCAUUAUCAGUAGCCACGCCAAUGGGUGAAAGUAUGGAUGCGGACAUAGUUUAUUCGUCUUGUCCUGUGAAUGUUCAAGGACGAGAAUUGCUUGCCGAUCUAAUUUUGCUAGAAGUACUAGCAUUUGAUGUUAUAUUAGGUAUGGAUUGGUUAGCUCGACAUUAUGCGAGUGUGGACUGUCGCGAGAAGUUAGUGACAUUCAAUACCCCUGGAAUUGAGGUGGUUUCACUUCAAAGUGAAAAAUUAAAAUCCACUGCUAGCAUAAUCUCAGCUAUGAAAGCUCAACGAAUGAUGAGAAAAGGAUGUCAAGCAUUCUUGGCUAUUGUGUUGGAUACAGAGAAAGCUCAAGGAACUGUACAGAAUGUACCGGUAGUAAUGGAGUAUCCAGAUGUUUUUCCAGACGAAUUACCGGGAUUACCACCAGAUAGGGAGAUAGAGUUUUGUAUUGAGUUAGCUCCUGGUACCAAACCGAUAUCAAUACCUCCUUAUCGAAUGGCGCCAGCAGAGUUAAAGGAACUGAAAGAUCAACUAGAGGAACUACUUAGUUGUGGUUUUAUCAGACCAAGUGUUUCACCAUGGGGAGCACCUGUUUUAUUUGUUAAAAAGAAGGACGGAUCAUUUCGGCUCUGUAUAGAUUAUAGACAGCUGAACAAAGUUACAAUCAAGAACAAGUACCCAUUGCCAAGGAUUGAUGAUUUGUUCGAUCAACUGCAAGGAGCAAGGUACUUUUCUAAGAUUGACUUGCGAUCAGGAUACCAUCAGUUAAAGAUCCGAGAGGAUGAUGUUUCGAAAAGUGCUUCUAGGACUCGGUAUGGUCACUACGAGUUCCUAGUUAUGUCAUUUGGAUUGACAAACGCACCAGCAGCUUUCAUGGAUUUGAUGAAUAGGAUAUUCAAACCCUUCUUGGAUCAGUUUGUAAUUGUUUUCAUUGAUGAUAUUUUGAUCUAUUCGCGUACGGAGGAGGAGCAUGCACAUCAUUUGCGCAUAGUUCUUCAGACAUUGAGGGAGCAUCAAUUGUACGCCAAGUUUUCAAAGCGUGAAUUUUGGUUAGAAGAAUUGGCAUUUUUGGGACAUGUUGUGUCUCAAAAUGGAAUCAAAGUAGAUCCAAAGAAGAUUGAAGCAGUUGUGGAAUGGAAACGACCAACUUCGGUGACUGAAAUUCGUAGUUUCCUUGGUUUAGCAGGAUACUACAGAAGAUUUGUGCAAGAUUUCUCAAAAAUCUCUGCACCAUUGACGAAGUUAACUCAGAAGAAUGCAAAGUACGAAUGGACAGAGAAAUGCGAUAACAGUUUUCAGAAACUGAAGGAGUGUCUAACGACAGCUCCAGUGCUAGCAUUACCUGAAGGUAUUGAAGGAUUCACUGUUUACCAGUGA